AUGGAUUGUGAUAGCGUAGUUUCGGAUGAAAGUGAAGAUAAUAAUAGUAAUAGAAGAUAUAUCCACAACUCUUAUAAUAACCAUCAUCAUAGUAAUUAUUAUCGUAAUAUGAAUAUUAUGGCUGGGAACAAUCAUAUUAGUAAUAAUGGAAUUAUUGUUGGAAAUAAUAGAAAUGUUGAUAUGUUAACAAAUAAUGCAAUCACCACAAGAAACCCUUCGAUAAAUGAUGAACAAAUGGAUGUUUCUCCACAUAUGAGUCAUCAUCUUGCUACUGUUUCUAAUAACAAUAAUAAUUAUUAUUCUUCCGAAGUUUCAAGUGCACCAAUAUCCGCAUCAUCGCCACCAGAAAAAUCGAUAAGCGCUGUUGGGUCAUCUGCAUCAUAUGAUUCAUCUGCCUCAAGGAAAAGGGCUAGAUCAAUUUCUAAUGAUUGGACAAAUGUGGUAGUAACACCAAACUUUGUGUCAUCCUCCAUAUCAUCUAUACAAUUUGGUUCUCUGGAGCCUUCUAAUAGAGACCUGUCAACUACAAGAAACGGGUUUAAAACAAAUCCAUCGCCUAUUUCUUUAUCAUUUUCUAAUCCUCAUUCUCCCCACCAUCCACCUGCUUCACCUGCUCCCCCGCCUGUCACUCCUUCUUCUUCUUUACCAUUUAACUUUCCUAUUCGUUCAAAUAAUUUUGCAGAUUUUCCACAUUCAUCACUAACAACAACGGCAACAACUCCUCCACCUACCUCUUCUAUUCCUAAUAAUCCUACACCUUCAUCUCACUCGUCGACUCGUCCACAGUCUCAAAAUACAACAUUAAAUUCAUUUAGGAGGCACUCAACAUCACAACCGCCUGUAACAAUCUCUCCAACUUCUAAUGAAAAUACUAAUAAUGCUCAACAAGGUUAUAGUUCAAAUUUUGCUCCUGCUAAUUCAAUUUUACAUGCUUUAAUUAAUAUUCCUGGUAAUUCGCAAAGAAAUUCCUCGACAACAUUUUCGAUGAGAUGGGGAAAUCGCGCUAAUAGCGGUGGCAGCGGUUUAAAUAAUGUUGUUACAAAUAAUAUUAGUAGUAAUGGUGGUGGUGGGGGCGAAACAUCAAGAUCAAGACCUGAAAUAUUAAUUAGGCCAACAACGCUUUCUUCCAAUCGUUUUGGAAGUUUAAUAGAGCCUAUAACAAAUCCAGAUGAACAUUCUGCUUUAGCUAGAAUCUUUGUUGCUCGACUUCCAACUCGUCGAGAUUCAACUUCAAGUACCACCACUUCAUCUUCAUCUUCAGCUUCAACACGUAAUAUAAGUGUGAGGAGAGGUGAAAAUAUUCGUACUCCAUUAGUAAAUAGAUUACCAGAGAUUUUAGCACAUCAUGAUAGACUUCAUUACCAUCACCAUAAUCAUCAUAAUGAUAGUGAACAACGUAGCAGCAGUAGCAGUAAUAGUAAUGAAACACCUCGUCGUGGCCAUCAUGGUUCACGUGGUAGUCAAUCAAGAAAUGCAAGACAAUUUGGAAAUUAUUUAAACCAUCAUCAUCCAAUAUUAGGUAAUUUUAUUGAUAAUAAUGAAAUUGAAUGGGGGCAUAUUUUAGAUUUGAGAGAUUAUAAUAAUAAUAACAUUUUAUUUCUACUGCUUAGAAGUGGUAUUGCAUCAAAUCCAGACAAUUAUUUGGAUGACGACGAAUUUGAUUCUAGUUAUGAUGCUUUAGUGAGAUUAAGUGAAAGAAUUGGCGAUGCAAAACCUAAAGGUGUCCCUGAGCAUGUUAUUAAUAAUAUACCAGUUAAAUUUUAUACAAUUGUGAAGAACAGAACUCAGGAAGAGAGAUGUACGAUAUGUUUAACAGAGUAUGAAGUAAAUGAAAGACUUAGGAGUUUACCAUGUUCACAUGAUUUUCACCAAUCUUGUAUUGAUACUUGGCUCAAAAAUUCUGAUAAAUGUCCAAUUUGUAGACGUGGUCUGUCAGAAAGUAAUCAUCAUAAUAAUUAA